GCAGAACAUUAUACAUCUCUCGAUUCAGUGUUAUAAUGCCUUAAGAAGUUAGGAGACGAUUGUUUUGAAUGCCUUCGUAAGAUCAAAAGUUAAACACAGUAAGAAUUCAGAAUCUUGAUAGUACAAAAUCAGACUCGAAUUCUUUCCUAGAGCAGGUUUGUCCCCUCCAUUUCAAUAAGCUAUCAGACUACAGUAGUUAACUGCGAAGGCUAUCUUAACGAAGCUAUCUUUUUCUACUAUAUUAUCGUACUAUUGAUCACGUGAUCGAUGCAUUGGAGUUAAAAAAAAGAAAAAACUUUAUCUGCGAGCAAUUAUUGUACUCAUAUAACUAGAAUCGGAACAGCCAGUGGCAUGCACUUUUCAGUACGUAUUUGAAUUCAAUAGCAUUAUUGAAGAAAGUGUUAAAUUGGCUGAAAUAUAUAUACUCAAGAAGUCUGGAAGAAAAAUACGGUGAAAGAAAGGAAUAAAGAAAAAUAAAAAAAGGAUCUUAAAAAAAUUAGAAGAACAAUGUUCUUUUCAGUGAAAGCGCAUCUUCUAUUGCAACUAGCAUUUCACAUAUACGCGAUGAAUGAAAUAAGAGUACAAGUGGAAGAAGGAAAAUUGAAGGGCGUUGUCGUAAAUGGUUGUAAUAAUGUUAGAUACCUUGCUUUUCGCGGAAUACCAUAUGCCAAACCUCCAGUCGGCGAACUCAGAUUUAAGGAUCCAGUACCAGCGGAACCAUGGUGUGGUGAGAGAGAUGCCACAAAAUACGGAAAUAUAGCUGUUCAAAUAGAUCGUUUCACAAACAAAGUUGUGGGCGAUGAAGAUUGCCUCUAUUUAAAUGUGUACACCAUGAAAAUCGAACCCCCGAGAAAAUCCGCGGUAAUGGUAUGGAUACACGGUGGUGGCUAUUUUUUAGGUUCCGGUAAUCCAGACUGGUAUGGUCCCGAUUAUAUUAUAAAAAAAGAUGUAGUAUUGGUUAGUCUAAAUUAUAGAUUAGCCUCUUUAGGUUUUCUAAACCUCAACGACACAGUUAUAACAGGUAAUCAAGCUGUGAAGGAUGCGAUCAUGGCAUUAAAAUGGAUUAAAAAAAAUAUAAAAGCCUUCGGUGGAGAUCCAGAAAAAAUCACUAUCUUUGGCGAAAGUGCUGGUGCAUCCAUGGUACAUGCUCUAGCUCUAUCUCCGUUAGCUAAAGGUUUAUUCCAAAAAAUAAUCGCACAAAGCGGUGUCCUCUUAAAUCCUUGGGCCUUUAAUGAAAGGAUGGACUCAGGUUUUAGGCUUGCCAAAAAACUCGGAAAGGAAACAUCAGAUCCGAAAGUCGCAUACGAGUUUUUAAAAACGGUUGAUGCAAAAACACUUAUUGAAAAUUCAUUAUCGGCAAUUGCUACUGAAGAGAAAUUGAGUGUUACUCUAUUCUGGACGAUCACUCUGGACAACAAGUCAUCAAAUCCUGUUUUUCCUGAACAUCCAAAGGAAUAUAUAAGGCGCGGGAUUCAAAUACCCUUCCUUUUAGGAUUUAAUCGUGACGAAGGAAUAUUUCUUAUACGUAGCAACUUUCUCGAAAAUAUGAGCGACAAAGAUUUACAGAAAGUAAAUGAUGAUUUUAAAAGGGCAAUAUUACCAAAUGUAUUAUCCAUGUUACCUAAAAUAGGAAUUACUGUCGAGGAAUUACGAUACCACUAUUUUGAAAAUAAAGAAAUAUCAGAGAAAACUUUAAUGAAUUAUUCAUAUUACAAAGGAGAUGAAUUUUUCGUACGCGGCGUAAGAGAUGUAGUUGAAUUGCAAAAAUCUUCUGGUCAUUUCAAAUCGACGUAUUUAUAUCAUUUCGAUUAUGAGAGCGAAACUUCCCUUAUGAGAACGGUAUUAAACAUCGGACUUCCAGGAGUGAGCCAUACAGAGGAUUUAGGUUAUCUGUUUUUCCCAGAAAUUGUAAAAUCAUCUAACUUGACGUGUCCCAAACCUGGUUCAAAUGAUUACAAAAUGGUAAAUGAUUUUGUGCAAAUGUGGACGGAUUUUGCUAAAACAGGAAAUCCAACGCCUACUACAAAUUUAUGGUUACCACAAACUGGUCCGCAAAACAAAGAUUACAAUUAUCUAAAUAUUGAUUUAAAUCCACAAAUGAAAAUCUUCCGUUACGGAAAGGAACGUUGGGAUUGGGAAAGUAUUUAAAAAAUGUUUUAAUGUUAUCUGAUGUAAUCUUAUCUGUU